AAACUAUUGAUUUUUAACUUUUUAUAUUCUUUAAUAUUAUUUUUAUUAAGAAUUUCUUCAAUAAUUUUUAGUAUCACCCUAUUAUUAAUUAAAAAAACAAUUAUUAUUGAAUGAAUAAUUAUUUCUUUAAUUAACCUAAAUUUUGAAAUAAUAAUUUUAAUAGACUGAAUAAGGAUAAUAUUCUUAAGAAUUGUUAUAUUUAUUUCAUCAAUAGUAAUAAUAUACAGAAAAGAAUAUAUACUUAUAGAAAUUAAAAAAAAAUAUUUUUCAAUAAUUCUAAUAUUAUUUGUUAUCUCAAUAAUUUUAAUAAUUAUUUGCCCUAAUAUAAUAAGAAUUAUUCUUGGAUGAGACGGUUUAGGUUUAGUCUCUUACUGUUUAAUUAUCUACUACCAAUCCUCAACAUCUUUUAAUUCAGGUAUAAUUACUUUAUUAACUAACCGUAUUGGAGACAUUAUACUUCUUAUAAUAAUUUUUUUAUCUAUAAAUUUAAAAUCAUGAAAUAUUAAAUUUUAUAAUUUUAACUCUUUAAUAUUUUUAAUUUUUUUAUUAAUUAUAAUUAUAACAAAAAGAGCACAAAUCCCAUUUUCUAUAUGACUCCCUGCUGCAAUAGCUGCCCCCACUCCUGUUUCUUCUCUUGUCCACUCAUCAACCCUUGUUACAGCUGGAAUUUAUAUUCUUAUCCGAUUCAACUAUUUAUUUAUAAAAAUAAAUUGAAUUAUUUUAAUUAUUGGUUUAUUAACAAUACUUACAUCCAGAAUUAAUGCUUUAUUUGAAUUUGACUUAAAAAAAAUUAUUGCUUUCUCUACAUUAAGACAAUUAGGAUUAAUAAUACAUAUACUUGCCUAUAACCUACCAAACUACGUAUUUUUCCACUUAAUUUCACAUGCUAUAUUUAAAUCUUUACUUUUUCUUUGUUCAGGUAUUAUAAUUCACUUUAUACUAAAUUAUCAAGAUAUUCGAUUUAUAGGGUCAUUAAUUUAUGAAUGCCCAAUAGUAAUUAUAUUUUUUAAUUUUGCAAACUUAUCACUAUGUGGAUUCCCAUUUUUAUCAGGAUUCUAUUCUAAAGACAUAAUUUAUGAAAUAUCACUAAAUUUCUAUAUCAACCCAAUAAUUAUAAUUUUAAUAUACAUUUCCAUUUCCUUAACUAUAAUAUACACACUUCGAUUAAUAUUCUUUUUAACAUUCAACUCCUCCUCUUUUUCACCAAUAUCCCUAAAAAAAGAUAAUUUUAUUAUAAAUUUUUCUAUUUCAAUAUUAUUUUUUAUAUCAAUUAUUUUUGGAAAUUUAAUAAACUGAUUAAUAUUUUCUUCUCUAAGAAUUAGAAUCCUAAAUUUCAAAUUAAAAUUUUUAAUUUACUUAAUAAUAUUUUUUAGUUUAAGAUUUCUAUUUACUAAAAAAAAUAUAUGAAAUUUAAAUUUUCCCUCAAUUAAUUUUAUUUUAACUAAUUUCUUCUUACUACAAAAAAAUUCUUUAAUAAUCAAAAUAUGAUUAAAUAAUUUAUCUUUAAAAAUAUUUUAUUUUAAUGAAACCUUAUGAAAUGAAUACUACAGAAAAUUUUUAAGUAAAAUUAUCUUUAAAAAAAAUAAUUUUUUUUUAAUAAAAAUUUUUAAUAACUAUUUUAUUUCAAUUUUUAUUUUAAUUAGAUUCAAUCUUUUAAUUAUUUUAAUAAGUUAAUAGAAAAUUUUUAUCUCUAUAAUAUAUAUUCAAAAUAUACACUUUAUCAAGUUCAUUAACUUAAAAUCUUUUAAAAAUAAUAUUAAUUAUUCAUUUAAUAAAAUUUAAAUAAAUUAAAAAAUUUAAAAUAAUAAUCAACAUCUUUUUCCAAAUUAAUAUUAUCAAUUUAUCAUAACGUAUUCGAGGGAAACUCCCUCGAAUACAAAUAAUUAAAAUUAUAAAAAUUAAAGUUUUAAAUAUUACCCUUAAACUAAAAUUAUCCAUAAAAUAAAAUAAAACAAUUAAAAAUCUCAUCAAUAUAAUUAUACCAUAUUCAGAUAAAAAAAUUAAUACAAACCCUCCUCUUAUAUAUUCAGUAUUAAACCCUGAAACUAACUCUGAUUCCCCCUCUGCCAAAUCAAAAGGAGUUCGAUUUAACUCUGCCAAAACACUUACUAAAAAUAUUAAUAUAAUUAACCUUAAAAACCAAAAUAUUCAAAUUUUACCUUGUAUUUUAAUAAAAACUUUUAAAUCAAAACUUUCAAUAAAUAUUAAUCUUCUUAAUAAAAGUAAAAUUAAACUAACUUCAUAAGAAAUAGACUGAGAAACUGCCCGAAUUCUUCCUAAUAUUGAAUACAUUGAAUUAGAAGAUCACCCCCUUAAUAUUAUUAUAUAAACACCUAUUCUUAAAAAACAUAAAAUAAAUAAUAUUCUAAAAUUAUUACAAAAUAAAUUAUAAAAAUUUGGAAUCAACAAUCAUAUUAUCAAUAUUAAUAAAAAUCUAAAACAAGGUCUAAACAAAUAAAA